AUGGCUCCCGCUGCUGCUCGUGGUCGCAAGGCCCAGAAGGUUACCCAGAAGUUCGUUAUCAACGCUUCCCAGCCCGCUAGCGACAAGAUUUUCGAUGUCUCUGCCUUCGAGAAGUUCCUCCACGAUCGCAUCAAGGUUGAGGGCCGUGUCGGUAACCUCGGCGAGAACGUCGUGAUCUCCCAGUCCGGCGAUGGCAAGAUUGAGGUUGUUGCCCACAUCCCCUUCUCCGGCCGCUACCUGAAGUACCUUACCAAGAAGUACCUCAAGAAGCAGCAGCUCCGUGACUGGCUCCGCGUCGUUUCCACCUCCAAGGGUGUCUACGAGCUCCGCUUCUACAACGUCGUCAACGACGAGGCUGAAGAGGAUGAGGAAUAA